AACCUCAGGAAUCACAGGAGAAUUCAUUCUGGACAGAAACCUUACAGAAGUAAUGUGUGUGGCAAAGCCUUUAACCAGUGUUCUAAUCUCACUACACAUCAGAGAGUGCAUACAGGAGAGAAACCAUAUAAAUGUCAUGUAUGUGGCAAGGUCUUUAGUCGAAAUUCACACCUUGCAAAUCAUCAGAGAAUGCACACUGGGGAGAAACCAUAUAAAUGUCAUGAGUGUGGUAAGGCCUUUAUCCAACAUUCACUCCUUUGGAGUCAUGAGAAAUUGCAUACUGGUGAGAAACCUUACAAUUGUAAUGAGUGUGGCAAAGCCUUUGCUGAGCGGUCAAGCCUUAACAAACAUAAGAAGAUCCAUACUGGAGAGAAACCUUACAAAUGUAUUGUGUGUGGCAGAGCCUUUACCAUGCGAUCAAAUCUUACUCAACAUGAGACAAUCCAUACUGGAGAGAAACCUUACAAAUGUAAUGAGUGUGGCAGAGCUUUUACCCAAUUUUCACGCCUUACUAGGCAUCAGAAAAUGCAUGCCGGGGAGAAACCACACAAAUGUAAUGUGUGCGGCAAGGCUUUUAUUGAACUUUCACAACUUUGGGGUCAUGAGAGAAUUCAUACUGGUGAGAAACCACACAAAUGUAACGUGUGUGGCAAGGGAUUUACCCAACGUUCAAGCCUUAUGGCACAUCAGAGAAUUCAUACAGGAGAAAAAUCUUAUAAAUGUAAAGACUGUGAUAAGGCUUUCAUCCAACGUUCACAACUUUGGGGUCACGAGAGAACUCACACUGGAGAGAAACCUUACAAAUGUAAUGAGUGUGGCAAAGCUUUUACAAUGCGUUCAUAUCUUACUCAACAUAAAACAACCCACACUGGAGAGAAACCUUACAAAUGUAAUCAGUGUGGCAAAGCUUAUACCCAAUUUGCAAGCCUUACUAGGCAUCAGAAAAUACAUACUGAAAACAAACAUAAACCCAACAUAUGUGGCAAUGCUUUUAUUCAGAGCUCAGGCUUUGGGGAUCAUCAGACAGUUCACAGCAAAAAGAAACCUUAAAAGGUAAUGAUUGACACAUAACUUGUGCAAGGAUCCAAGCCUUACUCAGGCUGAGAGACUCCCAUCAUGGAAAAGGAAGACAUACAGAUGGCCAACAGGUGCGUGAAAAUAGGCACAUCCCUAAUCAUCAGGGAAAUUCAAAUCAAAACCACAGUGAGCUACCACCUCACAUCUCAGAAUGGCUGUCAUCAAAAAGACAACAAAUCACAAGUGUUGGU